GGGCUUACCACUAAACAUGUACGGAACAGCAGCAGCGGCAGCGGCAGCAGCCUACACAGGCGAUCAGCCUUUCCUCCCGCUCACCCCGGAACAGUCGGCGUUCUAUUCCCCAACGGCUAACGGAUUUGACUUGAAAGAGAACUUGGAAGCCUGGAGAAGCUUGCCAUACGCAGCUCCGGUGUAUUACCCGUACGAUACGGCAGGAUUAGCUGGUUAUCCUUUCGCUAAUGGAUACGGAAUGGACUUGAAUGGGGCUAGGAGAAAAAACGCCACUCGAGAGACAACAAGCACUCUCAAAGCCUGGUUAAACGAACACAGAAAGAACCCUUAUCCAACCAAGGGUGAGAAGAUCAUGCUGGCUAUCAUCACCAAGAUGACACUAACACAAGUAUCUACGUGGUUUGCUAAUGCCCGGAGACGGCUGAAAAAAGAAAAUAAAAUGACCUGGUCUCCACGUAAUCGUUGUGAAGAUGAAGAUGGGGAUGGAGAUGGCGAGGACGAUGUUAGCCGGAACAAAGAUUUUGAGGAUGAGGAGACCAGUAAGAUGGAAAAGAAUAAAGAAAGUAACAACGAUGACGAUGAUGAUAUCGGUGAUGUUAGGACGAUGGAAGGUGAAGAGAAAGGACAAGCAGGCUCAAAAGGUUUCCAUGAAAGAUCAUCGGAAUCAAGGAGUGAAAUUGUAGACGUUGAUGACGAUCCCAUUCAAUCUCCAGCACAACACGACAUAGUCGAUCCUUCCGAGCGGCUGAGAUUAGACCUCAGGGAAACGGCUCUGUCCGUACUUGGUCAAAAACGAGUUGUUGUGUCCAGCCCAUCUUCUGAAGCUUCUCUCGGAUCAGACUCUGACCCCUCACAACCACCGAUACUAAGGCUGAGCGGCCCAAGUCCAGCGUCUGAGCCUCGAACAACUCCCGGUAAGCCCAGAAUCUGGUCAAUUGUGGACACGGCUACAUCCACUUCUUCAUCUCUUUUUGGAAACUCGCCAAGUCUUCUCACGUCUUCAUCGUCGUUGAUUUCAGGACCAAAUAAGAUAAAUCCUCUCCAAAGAGUAGCGCGCUUAGACUACUUGGGUCCUUAUCCCAAACCUUCCACUUGGUACCCCAAUACAUUGGUUAGUACGGCAGUCCCUGGCUCGUUUGCUUUAUCGAAUGUUUACAGUUGUACAUCUAUUAUACCUCCAGGCUCCGUACUUACCUCAGCUAAUUCCGGCUCCUCCAACUCCUCUCUAGUCUCUCCAUCUGUCCUCUCGGACUCCGCCAGUGUAUCAGCUUCUUUGAAUCGGCUCAGAACAGCCGCUGCUGCUUUCAGUGGCAGCGAUGUAACACUGAACAAGGCUGGAGCAAGUAACUCUUCCGUUUUUGGCCUUGCUCUACAAGGAACUCGGCUUACUCCAUCCAUACCUCAUCCAGCAGGGUCUGCCGCUGCUCUAGCCGCCGUAUCCGCCACCACAGCCGGAAGUCCCGCGGGCACAGCAUCUGCUAGGAACUCCCUGAUGUCAUGAGAAUCAGGAACUCCUAUUAAAAGUAUCUGCACGAGCCAGUAAACAUCUCGAGUAACCAUCAGUUUCUGUUACCAGGAUUGAGACCAUCUUUGGUGAAUGAUAUUGACCGCGGGAAGAACGGUCACCUUAUAACCAAAGACAUGCUGCCAAAAAAAAAAUCUGUUUAAGGGGAGGGUUGUUAUGACAAAUUGAAACUGUACACAAGCCUGGGAAAUAAAAGCACGAAGUUGAGUAAACGUGCGAAUGAAUGUGUAAAUAUUUCCUCAAAGAGGGCACUAUAUCGAUUUUACUGCUAGAGCCUGAUGGCUUGUUCUCAAGUGACUUGGUCUUCCGUGAGUGAAAGAAAUACCCAGUGGUAUCUCCCUUCCAAAGAAUCUGUAUAUAUUAUGUUAAAUUCCGUUUAGCAAGUGCCAGAGAAUGUUAGCACUAAUAUAAACGUCAAAUCUCUUUCCACCGUGAUCUUCAUAAGUUGAAAGUGCGAAGCAUCCAAAGAUGUAUGUAUCCACGGACUCCAUUUUGCCGAACUAAUCGAAUGUUGUUUUUGAAGUCAACCCAGCAUAUUAUUAUUAUUAUAUUAGAAGUGCUGAAUGUGCCGAGCCGUUUUCAAGAAACUAACUGUUGGAUAAACCAAAGUGUUUUCUGUAAACAACAACAAUAACGCAAAAAUAAAACAUGUAUGUAUUCAAGGCGUGUUUUCGUUGCCCUCCAUAGUAUUAGUUGUUGUGCUGUAUAUCCCUUACACUGUUGGCAUUUGCCAUCUUAUUGAUAUUGUAUAUGCAUGUGGUUUAUGAAUGAAAAAAAAAUUGAAAUAUGAGUGUUAAUUUAUUGCUUUUGGUACCAAUGGUAUUCUCCUGCCUCGGUGAUCUUUUUUUUUUUGUUUGUUUGUUUUGAGAGCGUCGGUGUAACGAAAAUUUUACUCUGAAAUAGUGACUACAUAGCCACAUGAAGAUGUAGAGUGAAAGAUGUGGAUUAUAAACUACUCUAGGCUUCCUCUGAAACAGCGCUCUAUCGUGUGUAGAUUGCUUAGGAGAUUGGGAUCUUUAGGCAUUAAUAGACAACGACUUUCUAAUAUAACUGUAUCAACAGUCUGGGAUGACAUGUACAAGAUUUUAUUAUCUG